AUGGCCGUCGGAAAGAACAAGCGCCUCACCAAGGGCGGCAAAAAGGGCGGCAAGAAGAAGGCCGGCGACCCCUUCCUUCGAAAGGAAUGGUACGACAUCAAGGCUCCCAGCCCCUUGGCCUGCAUUCAAGACGUGCGUGCAUACGGUAACGCGUACGGAACGAAGAUCGCCACCGAGGAGCUGAAGGGCCGAGUCCUGGAGGUGAACUCCGGGGACGAUGGGCUUCAAAAAGCUUGGAAGCCUUUCUUGAUCACGAAUCCUUGCCUGGUCCAAUCUGCUCCGCAGCAGGUGAACCUUGCAGACUUGAACAACGAUGAAGAUCAGGCUUCCAAGAAGAUCCGCCUCUGCAUCGAGGAGGCAGCACAUGCUGACGGAUGUAGUUUGAAAGAGUUGAAGCAUGUUGAAGCCAUCCAAGUUGAAUCCGAAGCUGAGCCCGGCAGCCCCGGCAGCCUGGCAGGUGCAGGGACGAAGCUGCCUUACCGACUUCCAUGGAAUGACCUUGACCAGGGACAAGAUUUGCUCUCUGAUCAAGAAGCGACCCGGCUCCUGCUUGAGAGGUGGCAGACACUCAUCGAAGCACAUGUGGAUGUGAAGACCACGGACAACUACGUGGUUCGCAUGUUCUGCAUUGCCUUCACCAAGCGCCGUCAGGAUCAGGUGAAGGCCAAUUGCUAUGCCCAGUGGCUCAGCUGCAAGAUCCGAAAGAUCCGCAAGAAGAUGACCGAGAUCAUGACGCAGGAAAGCGCAUCCAGUGUCUGCGAGUCUACGCUGUGGUGCCUGUGUCUCUUUGCUGGUAUUCCCGAUUGCAUUGCCGUGAAUCUCCAGGAGAUCGAGAAGCAGGCCCAGGGGAUCUUCCCUCUGAAGGAGCCGCGGUUUCCCGUGAAGAUUCUGAAGAAGCCAAAGUUCGACAUCACCAAGCUGAUGGAGCUUCACGGGGAUGGCGGCGACGACAUGGGUGUGGAGAUGGUGCGCCCGGAAGCGGAAGAUGCCGUGAACACCUUGCUCUUCGGCUGGCACAGGGUUGGCAGAGCACAUUUGCGCAGCCAGCUAGUCAAAGCAUGGGAGAGCGAAGCAAAUGAGAUGCGACUGGAUGCCUUUGUGCCUUUGUUCGAGUGGACCACACGGCAACGGAUCACAGAAAAAGGCACGGAACUCUUCGAACAUUCUCGGCACCAUCCAAAGAGUCCUGCUCCCAGCCUUGUUUCCCUGCUGCCUAAGCCAACCUCCGAGCUCGUUCUGGGUUGGGCAUGGCUGGCUCUGCACCUGAGCCUCCUUGCCUUGGCCCUCCAGUCCCUCGAGGAUGUGCCCACCGAGAUCGCCACGGCACUUCCGCUUCUCUACAGCACUGACGAGGCGCUCGACAUCCUGGAGAAGAAGGUCAGCAGCAUGGAGGACUUUGAUGCGCGCUUCCCGGGUUUCGGGGGCUACAUGCCCUGGUUCUGCUCUCGUGGCAUCAAUGAUGCAGGGGUCUGCAAGAGCACGACGGACCCUGGAACCAGCAGGAUGAUGCCCUUGCCCGGCUGGGAGAGGAGCCUGCCAGGUCUGGACAACGGCCAGCUUGCAUUUGGCGUUGCCGCAGUGGUGCAUGUCUUGGAGCGCCGAGCGGCACAGGAAGGCAGCUCCGGUCGCUUUGCCCAGAUGGCCCGGCGCUGGAACGGCCGCCUGGAGCGGAUGAAGGCGUCGGUUGUUAACUUGUUCUACGACGGAGCCGGUCUGGUGCGCAUGAUUUCUCAGCUUGACAACAUCACCGUUGACGUUGCAAGGAAUGCCUCCAAUGCUCACAACCAGAACCACAUGGUUCUUUGGGAUGCCUUCGAAGGGGAGAUGGUUGUCAUCUUCAUGGACAUCUUCGGCAAUUGGAGCAAGUACCCAAACAAUGGUGAGGAGGAGAAGAAGCUGAUGUGGAAGAUAAAGGCAGAACAUGUGGAGCCUGUUGUUUAUACAGCUGCCGACAAGUCGAAGAUGGUUCUGCAGAAAGGAUUUUGGUUCUCAGCGCAUGAACAGUGGAAGACCUUACAGCUUCCUUACAUGGACAUCCCACUGGUCAAGCACCUUUUCACGAACGGCGAGUUCGCACGCUUGGAGAAUUCAUUGCAGCAGCAGCUGCCUGGCUUGAUGGCCUCGGUGAACGCGCCCCAUGGUGUGCAGUGCGAUGCCCAUCCUUACUGCAGUGCCGUGGGCAUACAGGCGCUAGCGGAGCAGCCAAUUUUUACAGAGACAGUCCUUACCCCCUAUGCUGCUUUCCCUUCGAUCUUGGUGGAUUCAGCCGCUGGACUUGCGUGGUACAACCACAUGCUGGCCAUGCCGCGGGUGCAAACACCUGUUGGCAGCAUUGAGUCCUUCACCAACACUGGCAAGGCAGUCGCACCCAUGGCGACCUGGGAUGCCAAAGCUACGACCGUCGUAGCCAUGCUUGGCGGAACCGGACAUCUCCUUCGCACCUACAUGGAAGAGCAUGGAGUGUAUGGCGUCUUCGAAGAUCGUGUCAAGUCCAUGUACGCCUCGGGCUCAGACUUUGAGGUCAAGAUGAAGUGGGGCUGUGCCUCUCCGGGUCUCACAAAACUCAAGUUAGCGAGCAUGAACAGGAUGAGGGAAGUUCUCGGAAUUUGGCGGCAGGUGCUGCAGGUUUGUGACGAGCUUGGCAUCGAGACCGUUGCCGCGGGCAUGUUCAUCGUACCGAUGCAGUCCUGGUACUCCAGAGAUUUCAUCUCCAAAGCAUUGCGCCAGCAGCAUGCGUCAGCGACGGACGCGGAUGCCAAGGUGACCAUCGAUCAGUGGAUCCAGUGGCCUUUUCCUUGUGGCUCUGAUGACGCGUGGAAGUUCUUCAUGAGGAUGAACGAGGCGGCUCUCAGGGCCACCCUUGUGGCGAAGACGGCCUUCGAGCGAUUCUGCGAUCAGCCGGCCCAGGUGAUGACUAUGACGCACUUCCUCACCAGACCAGAACUGUCUUUUGAUUGGACAAUCCCUGGCAUUUGGGACCACAUCGGCUGUGAAGGACUGGACGAGCAGAUUCGAACCAUCGGAUCGGAUGUCCACGUCUACGGCCGUGCCUGCACGGGCCCGCAGGUCCAGGAGAUCGAUGGCUUGAGCUACGUCCACAACUACAUUGGCUCAACCGACAAGCACCGUCCUGGAAUGGCACCCUUUUGCAUCUUCGACCGGGGGGAGAUCCUUCCCACCACGCAGCCGUCGCAAGCCAACGGCUUCAACUUCCAGCCCAGCGCGCGCCCGCAGGAUCCUGCGCCGCGAAGAGCAUUCGGCGGAGGCUGA